AGGAAACGGCGCUGCUCUCCCCUGCUCCCCGGCCCGGGCCCCGCGCCUGCCUUAGCAGCCUCCGGCCACAGGGCGCCGCCGCUGCCUGCUCCGAGCCGCGGAAGGUCCCGGCGGCGGGGGCGCAGAGCCCGGAGCGGAGGCAGGGUGGACAGGUGGGGACACGCGCCCCGAGCUAGGAUGGCCGAGCAGAACUGCCCUGCGCCCUCCUCCUGCGACUGCUUCGUCGCUCUGCCUCCAGCCACCGCCUCCCGGGCCGUGAUCUUCGGCAAAAAUUCAGACCGGCCUAGAGAUGAAGUCCAGGAAGUCGUCUAUCUCCCUGCUGCAACCUAUGCCAGGGGGGCAAAGCUCAAGUGCACGUACAUAGAGGUUGAGCAGGCAGAGAGGACCCACGCGGUGAUCCUGAGCCGCCCGGCCUGGCUGUGGGGCGCCGAGAUGGGAGCCAAUGAGCAUGGCGUCUGCAUUGGGAACGAAGGGGUGUGGACCAAGGAGCCUGUUGGGGAGGCGGAGGCCCUGCUGGGCAUGGAUUUGGUCAGGCUGGGUUUGGAGAGAGGCAGGUCGGCUCAUGAAGCCCUGCAGGCCAUCACGGCUUUGCUGGAGCGCUACGGGCAGGGCGGCAGCUGCAAGGAGGAGCCGACCCCUUUCGUUUAUCACAACACCUUCCUGCUGGCGGACCGGACCGAAGCCUGGGUGCUGGAGACCGCCGGCCGAUACUGGGCAGCCCAGAGGAUCCGAGAAGGGACCCGGAAUAUCUCCAACCAGCUGAGCAUCGGCACAGACAUCACCGCCGAGCACGCAGGGCUGAGACGCCACGCCCAGAGCCAGGGCUGGUGGAGCGGGGACGGGGAGUUCAACUUCACCAAGGUCUUCUCUCUGACCCACCAGCCCGUGCGGAUGGAGGCGGCCAAGGCCCGGUACUGCGCUGGCAAGGAGCUGCUGCAGCAGCACGCAGGCCGCAUCACGGCGGAGACCAUCAUGGACGUCCUGCGGGACAAGGCCAGUGGGAUCUGCGUGGACUCAGAGGGCUUCCGCACCACGGGGAGCAUGGUGUCCGUCCUCCCCCAGGACCCCGCCUUGCCCUGCGUGCAUUUCUUCACAGCCACGCCCGACCCCUCCAGGUCUGUAUUCAAGCCCUUCGUCUUCGUCGCCAACGUGACUCCGGUCCUAAAGGCGAUGUCGCCGAGCUUCGGUGACAAGGACCCCGUCCAGAAGGUCCCUCGAUUCCAGAGCAGAGUUGAUCGGAGACACGAGCUCUACCGGGCACAUCAGGCAGCACUGGAUCUCAUGGAGACUAGCCAGGAGCAGGGCCAGAAGCUCCAGCAGACCAUGCAGGAUCUGGAGAGGCAGGGCCUUGAGGCCAUGAAGGAAAUGCUGGCCAGUGGUAUCACCCUUGACCCAGAGGAGCUGGCUGACCUCUUGUUUGACUGUGUGGACACAGAAAUCAAGUUCUACAAAUAAGCCCGAGGCAGCUUGGAGCAGUUCAAAGGAACAGGAGAACCUUAAUUCCCACUGCUGCUGCCGCCCUGUCUGCUCCGAUCCUGAUUCCUAACCUCACAUCCGACUGCUGCCGUUCUCUCCGGCUGCGUGAACUGGACUGGAAGUGGCUUUGCGCCACUGGGAUUAUUGCUCUGGCAUGGUGCCCUCUCUGGCCCCUCCGCCUGGCAUUACCCAGCCUGUAGCUGUGGACAGCCCUCCCCGGGAAUGGGUGGGCGCCUGCUACUCCUUUUCUUGCACAAAUUGUCACUCUCAUGAAGAGUCCAGAGCUUCAGCGGCUUGAACAGGCCUGAGCUGUCCUGAGCCAGGCUCCGUGGGACUGGGAAGGGGAGAGCCUCAGCUAGCUAGAUGGAGCUGAAUUUGGUAGCUGGGUUACCAGGGCCCACCUUGCUUCUUCCUAAGAGGAAACACUGCCUAAUGGUUAGAGCACAGGACAGCUGGGUUCUCUCAGACUCACCUAGGGACCUCGUUUGAGACACUUUCCCCUUCCAUAGCAGGGGGAUGAUUCCCACCUACGUGUCCUGUACAGAGCUGGGAUGCUGUGCAGGGCUAACCCCACCCUCGCCAGGGAGCACAGGACAGAAGCCCACAGGCAGACAGACUGAGGUGGAAUAAAGAGGUUUUACAUUUCA